AUGCGUGAUGCGCUGGAACGACUGGAACGAAUGGAACGCAUUCGUGGUGCUGGAAGAUGCAGGUACAACUGUGCUGAUACUGGGGUACAGUACGUUGUCCGUGUUGUUCGUGGUCAACGUGGUGACGAAAUGAUCAUGUCCCGAGAGCGCACCCCCAUCGCUAGAGAUAGUGAUGAUAUGAUGAUGCAUAUCGGUCGGAUGGGCAAGAUGCAAGGAUGGAGGGGAGGUAUGGGGAUCAAUGCGGUCAUUACAGUGGACGAGAACAGCCUAUCCUGUUUCUUGGCGGCCAUUCCAGCAACCAUUAAAUGGAUCUGCUUCGAAUCAUCUCGGCGUGCACUUGCUUAUAUACCUAUGGCCAUUUCCCCCAUGCCGGAAUCGAUAUACGUGUAG